AUGCCGCGAGUACGAGAUGCAUUUCCAUAUGCAUGCACCAGCAACCCGGAUGGAUGCGUGCACUUUCGACGUUUCUAUAAGUAUAAUGUAAGUACGCCUUGCGAGGGAAGAGCACGUCUUCUUUCGAUCGCGCUCGUAUUAUUCAUUUCAGGGAUCCUCGGCGAUUGUCCUGUGCGGCCACCGCAGUGGGGCGUCGUGCGGGAGCGAGUCCUCCAGGACGGUACUCUGCAGAUCGUGUACUCGUGCGAGCCGGGCCAUAAACUCAAGGGUCACAAGAUAGCGACUUGCACCGCCGACGGUUGGGAUCAUCCCGUCCCGAAAUGCGUGCUUCAUAUUAUAUCACGGCGUUUCCGUAACGAUCUCUAUCUCGGCGACCAACCGAUCGCCCCGGAUAGGAGCAAGUUGCAAAUUGCGAAGGACCGUCUUAAGGCGCUAGAGAGGAUAGACGAUUUAAAAAAGCGCAGAAAAACGAAGGAGGGCAAGAAGAGGAAAAAGAAAAGGAAGAGGCCGGCGAAAUCCUCGUCAAGACUACCUACGGCAACAAGAUUAAAUGAAACCGUAGUGUCCCAACUGGAUAUCAGCUGCGCCGCGAAAAAGAUCCUCGGAAAGGGUCUCAUCAAGGCCCCUUCGAUCGAGCACGCUCGCCCCGCCAAAUACGCCAGAAGGAAGAACGUACUGCCGCCGUACAAUCGAUACCUCGUUGCGGUUUACGAGUGCGCGGAUGGUUACGCCUUCGUGGAUUCGACGACGGACAGGCUUUUUUGCAGUAACGGAACCUGGCUCGGACGUCGUCCGCGAUGCGUGCGGGACAGUCAACCAUCGACGGAUAAGGUGAAACGCUGCGAUCAGGGAACGGGUGAAUGCGAACACGUGUGCGAGGAUACGCCAAGCGGCAUAAAGUGCUCCUGCUUCGACGGCUUUCGAGCUAAAGGACCGUCCUGUAUCGACAUCGACGAGUGUGCAGAAGGCAUUGCAAAAUGCAUCGAUAUUUGCCGCAACGAACCCGGCUCGUACUCUUGCGAGUGUCAUCAUGGUUUUCAGCUGGGAACCGACGGUCGCUCUUGCCAAGAUGUCAAUGAAUGCCUCUCGAACAACGAACAUGGGCCUUGCCAAGGCACUUGCCGCAAUCUCGAAGGUAGCUACGAGUGCAGUUGCGCGGAUAUACCUGGGUACAAAUUAGCUGCCGACAAUCACACUUGCGAGGACAUCGACGAGUGCGCGCUCAACAACGGGAAUUGUUCUCAUCUGUGCUUAAACACGCCCGGAAGCGUCUUCUGCCUCUGCCCGGACGGUUUUUAUCUGACAAACGAUUGGAAGACCUGUCAGGAUGUUAAUGAAUGCGAGGCGACACCGAAGAUAUGUGUGGAGAACACCGAGUGCGAGAACACAGUGGGAUCGUACAAAUGUAUAAGUAGGCUACAACCGCACGUGGAAACGAAGAUCCUUCGAGAAGAGGACUAUGACGAUGAGAAUGAAGACGAUGAUGACGAGGAUGAGGAUAGUGACAGCGAUGAUUACGGAGAGGAGAUUACCGAAAUACUGCAGAGUUCGAAGUGCGAGGAUGGCUUCAAGAAAAAUGAAAAUUUGGAGUGCGUUGAUGUAAACGAGUGCGUCGAGAGUGAAUCGCACGGCUGCCAGCACGAGUGCGUGAACGAGCCGGGUGGCUACCGUUGCGUCUGCCGAGCCGGCUACGAGCUCGAGGAGGACGGCGCGACGUGCAAGGACGUGGACGAGUGCGACGCACCGUCCCGACCGUGUUCGCACAUCUGCCGCAACACCGCUGGCGCGUACGCGUGCGAGUGUCCGUCGGGGUUGAUGUUGACGGACGACAACGCGACCUGCGUCGAGGAGUCCGGAAGCUGCGCCAGCCUGACAAAACCCUGUUCUCACGUCUGCGAGGACACCGCGGAGGGACCGCUGUGCGUCUGCCCGACCGGGUACGAACUGUCGGACGUCGACCGUGCGACCUGCAUGGACGUCGACGAGUGCGCCCGGGAGGAGGCUCCGUGUUCGCACUGGUGCGUCAAUUUGGACGGCGAUUUCGUCUGCACGUGUCCGGUCGGUAUGGAGAUCCUGGAGCACGUGAGUAAAUUUAACUGCAGCGACGUGGACGAGUGCGGCAGAGACGAUCACGGCUGCCAGCAGCGGUGCGUGAAUCUGCACGGCGGAUACGAAUGCGCCUGCCAUCCCGAAUUCGCGCUGGACGUCGACAGCAGGUCCUGCGUCGACGUGGACGAGUGCGGCAGAGACGAUCACGGCUGCCAGCACCGGUGCGUGAAUCUGCACGGCGGAUACGAAUGCGCCUGCCAUCCGGGAUUCGCGCUGGACGUCGACAGCAGAUCCUGCGUCGACGUGGAUGAGUGCGCAGGGAAUCGGCACGACUGCUCGCACGCGUGCAAGAAUUAUCCCGGUGGCUACGGAUGCAUCUGCCCGGAGGGAUACCGGAUCCUGCAGGAUGCGCGCACGUGCGCCGACGUGGACGAGUGCGCGGAAGGAUCGCACGGGUGCUCGCACGGGUGCGACAAUCAGGAGGGCGGCUACAAGUGCGGAUGCCCUGACGACAUGUUCUUGGAUGACACCGGCAGGAACUGCGUUCUCUCCGAUGCGUGCGACGUCGCGAAUUGCAGUCACAUCUGCGAGAAGGAUCGGGACACCUAUAGGUGCGUCUGCCGGGAAGGAUAUCUCUUGCAGAAGGACGAAAGAACCUGCUUGGACAUGGACGAGUGUCUCGAGGACGAGCACGACUGUUCGCACGAAUGCAUCAAUAUCCUCGGAAGUUACAGAUGCGCUUGUCCGCAGGGUAUGAAACUUCUCGAGGACGGCCUCACCUGCGGCGAUCCGGUGUGCGCUCAAGGACUUCGACAGGACGAGCACGGUCAGUGCCAGGACAUCGACGAGUGUCUCGAAGGCGAGCACGAGUGCUCGCACUUGUGCCACAACGUGUACGGGUCUUACCGUUGCUCGUGUCCCUUCGGCUGGAUCCUGGAGGACGACGAUCUCACUUGCGCGAGGAGCGAUCCUUGCGCCAAUUCCUCAUGCUCACAUUCGUGCGUUCCGUUGGACUCGGGUUACAGAUGCAAGUGCCCUCCGGGUUAUCUUCUGGACGGGGACACGUGCAAGGACAAAGACGAAUGCGAAGACGAGGCGACGAACGGCUGCAGUCACCGUUGCAGAAAUCACGAGGGUUCUUACUCGUGCUCCUGUCCGGCGGGAUUGGAGCUCGGCGAGGACAAUCGUACGUGCACAGUCGUCCCGGGCGAAUGUGCGAAAUCUCAAGAAAAUAAUAACUGCACCUGUCCCGCGGGAUACACUUAUUCGCAAGGAGAGCGUGCUUGCAACGACAUAGACGAAUGCCAGGACGAACAGAAACACAAUUGUUCUCACGGCUGUGUCAACACCGACGGCUCUUACCACUGCGAGUGUCCUCUCGGCUGGCGGCUGCGGGAGGACUCCAGGACAUGUCAGGAGCUGCCGGAUGAUCCCUGCGCCAAGGAUCACGGUUGUUCGCACACGUGCGAACAGGACGACGGCCGCGUUCGUUGCGGCUGUCCGGAAGGAUACGAGCUGCAGGAUGACGGGAAGACUUGUCGGGACGUGGACGAGUGCUCCGAAGGAUCUCAUGCUUGCAGUCACGUUUGCGUAAACAUCGAAGGCGCCUACCAUUGCCAGUGUCCUUCGGGAUUUCGAUUGGAAGACGAUCGCAGAACCUGCCUGGAUGUCGACGAAUGUUCGUCCGUGGAGGCCGAUUGCUCUCACGGAUGCCUGAACGUGAACGGCACUUUUAACUGCACCUGCCCUGAGGGAUACGAGCUGCAGGAUGACGGCAGGACCUGCGAGGACGUCAACGAGUGUAUCCAGGACAACGGAGGGUGUUCGCACCUUUGCGCGAACACGGAAGGUGGUGCCGAAUGCGCGUGUCCCGAGGGCUACGAGCUGUUGAAUCUCUACGACGGCAAGACGUGCGUAGAGAUAAACGCGUGUUCCAUCGAUAACGGCGGAUGCUCACAUUUCUGUCAUCACGAGGACGGCCAGCUAUCCUGCUCCUGCCCGCCAGGAAUGGUUCUAUCCGAGGACGAAACGGUGUGCACGUACGAGAACGAUUGUCUGCAGGACAACGGCGGUUGCUCGCACUUGUGUUACCACGAAGAUGGAAACGUGACCUGCGCCUGUCCACCCGGUAUGAUCCUGGCGGAGGAUCAGAGGCUUUGCGUACAAGAAGACGGAUGCGCGUUCGAGAACGGCGGCUGUUCUCAUUUCUGCCACGAUCAUGACGGUAACGUGACCUGUUCGUGCCCCGUGGGGAUGUCCUUGUCGCAGGACGACGACACUCUUUGCGUUCACGAGAACGGCUGUCUCGUUCGCAACGGCAAUUGCUCGGAUACCUGCGUCUUCGCGGACGGUUCAGUCGUGUGCGAGUGUCCCGAGGGUUACCGCCUGUCGCCGCAGGACAACGCUACCUGCGCGGACAUCGACGAGUGCCAGGAGCUGCGAGACAACUGCACACAUCAGUGCCUGAACACUCCCGGCGGCUUCAACUGCAGCUGCAACGUCGGCUUCUCGCGGAAUCCUCAAGAUCCGACUCUGUGCGACGACGUUGACGAAUGCGAAGUCGAGAACGCCGGAUGCUCGCACUCCUGCGUGAACCUGGUGGGCGCUUUCAAAUGCCAGUGUCCAACGGGUUACACUUUAGAGCGGAACAACAAAACCUGCGUUUUGAUGGACGGCUGCAAGAGGGACAACGGGAACUGUUCCCAUCACUGUCACCAAGCGGACGGUUCUGACGGGAUCCCGGGCACUCGUUGCUCCUGCCCGCUCGGCUUCCGCCUGAGGCGCGAUCUCAGGACCUGCGAGGACAUCAACGAGUGCGAGGAAUUCGAGAACGACGUGGAUUCCGGCUGUUCUCACACCUGCGUGAACACCGAGGGCGGUUAUCACUGCGAGUGCCCGCCCGGCUUCAUUCUGAUGCCGGACAACCGGAAGAACUGCGUGGACGUGGACGAAUGCCUGACCAGCCGUCACAAUUGCACACACGAGUGCGUGAACUUGCUAGGCGACUACGUGUGCACCUGCUACGAGGGGCAUUACCUGCACGCCGACAAUUCUACCUGCUUGGACAUCGACGAGUGUCUCGAACGGAACGGCGGGUGCUCGCACAAUUGCACCAACACCAUCGGCGGCCGCUUCUGCUCCUGCCCGACGGGCUACGAGCUGUCGCAGGACGAGAGGACCUGCGCCGAUGUCGACGAGUGCGCGAGCGACAACGGCGGCUGCGGUCACCAGUGCGUCAACACCGUGGGGUCCUUCCGCUGCGAAUGCCCGCCGAAUCACGAGUCGUGGAAUGGAUCCUGCCGACUGUCCGAUCCCUGCCGGGACCGUAACGGCGGAUGCGAGCAGAUCUGCGCCGCGGUGAACGGUACCGCGGUGUGCUCGUGCGAGAUAGGCUUCCAAAGGGACGAGGUCGACGGUGUCAAAUGUCGCGAUAUCGACGAGUGCGAGCGACAACACGGGUGCGAUCACAUUUGCGUCAACAAUCCCGGCUCGUACGAGUGCAGAUGUAAAGAGGGUUUCCGAAUGGUGAAUUCUACUUGCGUAGCCGGUAUUUGCAAGGGCAACAAAUGCACCAACAUGCCGGGUAGCUAUCGCUGCGAGUGCGAGGCGGGAUAUCGAUUCCACGGUGAUACCUGUGUAGACGUCGACGAAUGCGCGGAAGAGGCGUCCUGCAGCGAGAGAUGCGUCAAUACGCCCGGCUCGUACUACUGCACGUGCCCCGUCGGAUUUCAACUGCAAGGGGACGAUUGCGUAGAUAUCGACGAAUGCGAAUGGCGUCGCGACAGAUGCGAUCAAGAAUGCAUCAAUACCGUAGGAUCAUUCGUUUGCGCCUGUCGCGCCGGAUUCACCAGGAGUCAAUGUCAAGACGUGAACGAGUGUCUAAACCGGAACGGCGGUUGCACCGGCGAGUGCGUCAACACCGCCGGAAGUUACUAUUGCGCCUGCAGUGAGGAUUUGGUGCUGGCGCCCGACGAGAGAACUUGCGUCUCGCCGACGUCGAGAUGUCGUGCCAUGGAGCCACCCUUACACGGAGAGAUCAGAUGUCCGGGUCACCCCUCCGGCGCAUCCGUCUACCCGCAGGGCGCCAAGUGUCAUGUCCGAUGUCGCAGAGGUUUCCGGCUGGAAGGGGCGCACACGAGACAGUGCGUUAGCGGCGACCAUUGGGACGGGGAAGGGCCUAUAUGUCUGCGCGAAGUCGCGACAGACCCCGUUUACAAUCCAAGUAGGUACAACUCUCACACGCCACGACCGUUCGUAAGCUGCCCCCAGGACAUGGACGUCGAACUACCGGCUAGGCAAAACACGAUACGUGUAACUUUCCCGCAACCCAAGUCCAACAUGGAUUGGUGGAGAUACGUACACGCUUCACCUCCAUGGGCAAAGCAAUUGCAAGCGGAUCUGCCGGCGGGCACGACGGUCGUUACCUUCACGGCGUGGUCGCCGGUCUCUAAUUACACCAGCACCUGUAGGAUCGUGAUAAGAGUCCGCGAUGCCGAAAACCCCAAGGUUACGAUGUGCCCCGUGUCUUUCGAGGUCAGGCUGAACCCGGGAGAACGAAGUCGCCUGAUAUUCUGGCAAGAACCGACCUUCACCGAUAACGUCGGCGUGGAGCACAUUUACAAAACGAGGGGACCUGGACACGUGAUGUAUCCCGGCGUUCACAGUGUGCGCUACGUCGCCUCGGAUGCAGCCGGAAAUCGAGCCGAAUGCCAUUUCUCGAUACACGUGAGAGAAUCCGCGGAUGGUAUAAGCGACUCCGAGCCGAGAUUCUACAGAAGAAGGAUGCUGAUGUGCCCCGGCAGACCGCCCCAGCCCGUGCCGAGCUCCUCGUACGGGUGGCAAAUACCGAGCGGUUGUUACUUAAGAUACACCAGAAUCUUCUCCGGCGCUUAUCAGCGACAUCCGGAACAUCGACGGAACGGUUACCAAGACACGGAAGCGCCUUAUCGCGAGCUUCCGCCUAUCCGGCGGUCCACGAGUCGCCCGGACAUCGCCAGGGCGUACAAUAUCCACAAUUAUGAUCUGUAA